AUGAAGGUCGCUGAGAUACUCUCCGACCUCACCUCCCUUCGGGCCUGUGAACACGCAGAUGCCGCCGCUCUCCUGAACGUGGGCAAAACAGCGCCAGGUUCAGCUAAUCCCCAGGAUGCUAGCUCUGCCGUCGCCAGCUCCCAGUCCAUGAAUCCAGACCUUCAGCGCGCAAAGGACCUGAUUGAUUUGCAUAAAGAGGUGAAGCUGAGACAUCAACGGUACCAGAACGGGGGAUUGGUGGACAAGGACCUGCGACAAGCGAGGGAUGAUGUUAGCCGGGUAUUGUGGGAGCUGGAGGAGGUAUAG